CCGCGGGCGGCCUGGAGGGAAGAGUGGGGCGCGGCUCUGCCCACCAGCGUCGGGGCUGUGGUUGUCGAUGUUUGCUUGGGGGUAGCGAUAUGGUCUCUAGCGUGUGAAGGGUGUGCGCUUCCCAAGAAUGAAGGGAGAGGGAAAUCUGGACUUUGAAGGGCCGGAAAACGAGUUGUGGUUUGCCACUUGGUGGCUAGAGAGCGUGAGCAAGUCGCUUCACUUGUUUAAACCUGCCUUACCUCAGUUUUCCAAAGAGGGCUGACGUCGCUGAGCGCUCUGCAAUGUGGGGAGAGCCCAGGGCGAAGUUGCUGCAGGUGCUGUCAGCCCCACAUUGGUGAGCUGAGGACGAUUUUAAGAAGUCCGUGGUGUUACUGGAUUUCACUGAAAUAUUUUGUGUUAAAAUUCGGGACUUUUUCUAGAGAUAUAAAGAGGAUAGCGACAGAAGACUUUCUCAAUUUAUUUUUCUUUGUUUUGAAUCUUGCCCCGUCUCCCCAGCCCGGCCCAGCCCAGCCCUCUGCCUAAGGGCCUCAUAGCUGAACCGAGCUAUGCAAAUUUGGCCCGCGCGUUUUCAAAAGGAUAUUCUUUCUCUAUCACCGUGAGGUCGUUUAAUUCCAUUCUGCAGUUAUUCCGACAUUCAUUUGGAUCUUUCUGGAAGGGAGGCUGUGUCAUAAAUUAUGAAGACUUUAGCCCAAUCAGUAAAACCAUGAAAAAAAAUUUUUUUUUUUUAACUUUUGGCCGGUCACUCAUUAUGAUGUAUGUCCUCCUUGCCGGCAGUUGUGCUAAGAAGUGGGAAUACAAGGACGAUUGAGAUACUAUUUUUUUAAUGUAUUUAUCCCAUACUAAAUUGCCUUAGUCAUCCUUAUCCAGUUGUUAAUUUUAUAAGACCAUCAGAUAACCUGGAUCUGCAACUAAAUGAAACAUUUUUUAAAAAUUCAAUGCCCAGAGGCAUCAAAUAAUGUCAUCUGAAAUAUUGCCAGCAUUUAGUGAGACUUCUAAUGUUGAAAGAAAGCAAGACUUAAAUGAAGACCAAGAGGAGAAUCAGAAACCAGGAUUAGGUGAAGGGUUUGAACCAAUAUCUAAACGGCAAAUGAAGAAACUAAUGAAACAGAAACAAUGGGAAGAACAAAGAGAACUCCGCAAACAAAAGAGGAAGGAAAAACGCAAGAGAAAGCAAUUAGAGCGACAGUGUCAACUGGAAUCAAACUCAGAAGGAAGUGACAGAAAACGUAUUCGAAGAGAUGUUGUUUACAGCCCACUCCGCCUUAUCAUUGACUGCAGUUUUGAUAGCCUGAUGGUAUUAAAGGACAUUAAGAAACUUCAUAAGCAGAUUCAACGAUGUUAUGCAGAAAAUCGACGAGCACUGCAUCCUGUGCAGUUUUACUUGACAAGCCAUGGAGGCCAGUUGAAAAAGAACAUGGAUGAAAAUGACAAAGGAUGGGUCAACUGGAAGGAUAUCCACAUCAAACCAGAGCACUAUAGUGAAUUCAUACAGAAAGAAGAACUGAUUUAUCUUACAUCAGAUUCACCUAAUGUACUAAAGGAAUUAGAUGAAUCAAAGGCCUAUGUGAUUGGAGGAUUAGUAGAUCACAACCAUCACAAGGGACUCACGUAUAAACAAGCAUCAGAACAUGGAAUUGAUCAUGCACAGCUCCCCCUUGGAAAUUUCGUGAAGAUGAAUAGUAGAAAAGUUUUGGCAAUUAAUCAUGUGUUUGAGAUUAUUCUGGAAUACCUAGAAACAAGAGACUGGCAAGAAGCAUUUUUCACUAUCUUACCCCAAAGAAAAGGAGCUGUUCCCACAGACAAAGCCUGUGAAAGUUCUUCACAUGAGAAGAAGUUCGCCAGAGUUGAAGGUGGAUUGAACAGUGAUUCCAGUGAGGAGGAAAAUAGAAAUGAACUAGAUUCACCACAUAAGGAAGAAAAGCAGGAUAAAGAAACUAGCACUGAAUCUACAGUGACCUCUAUACUACACUAAUGUCAUCUUUUUUUUUUUUCUUAAGUUUAAGGAAAAUUAGGAGAAAAUGAAUAUAGAAUUUCAUAGAAUAUUUUAUAGAAUAUUUGAAAUGGAAGAAACUUUCAUUUUCUCUUAUUUCUGUUGUGAAUUUUUUAAACUUUUUUUAGAACUAAGUGAUAAAAAGCACUAAAAAAGCAUUCUUUUGUUUUUGCAUAAGAUUUAAAUGUGUAAUUUAAAAAAUAAUUUUCUAAACCUCAAAUAAGCAUUCCUUGAGAAUUUUACCUUAUUAGUAAACCUUCAUUCUCUUUUAUUUACAAGAUUGUAUUCUUCAGAAUGUGCCUUCUGACCUUUCAGUUUUAUUAUUAUAUGUGUAUAUCAAUGUCUUUCUGAUUUAUUGCCUACUUAUUUAUGGAGGCAGAUAUCCUAAAACUCCUUUAAGUCUACCAAAAUGUCUGUAUGGGUGGUUACCUUCUAUUUGCAGCUUUUAUAUUCAAUUUAGUUACUUCAAAGGAAUAUAGUAAUUUUAGGAAUAAGUAUUGGAUUGAGAAACUCAAGAAUUGAUUUCUGUUGGACUACGGAGCCCGUCUCUGUUCUUCCUUUGUAAUGCUUUUGUGGUUCUAAAGCAAUCACUGAAGAGUUAAGACUCUCUUUAAUAUAUUUUCUUAAUUUCAAUAAUGAUGGUAAAUUAUUUCAAUUACAAAAUUUAAUUUUUCAGGCUAUAUUAUUUUAAAAGGCUGUUGAAGGAUCAAUUUUGUCAUUACCCAAAUUUAAAAAGAAACAGUUCUUAAAAAAAAAAAAAAAAGUAGCUCUUAGCAGCUAUUCUUUUCCUUCCAUAUGUACUUCUUUACAAUAAAAU